AUGUCAAGCACGCUUUUCAAGGCCACUGUGACUGAAUACCUACAAGAACUACCAGCGCAGGUUCACUCAAGGCUUUACAGCUCUCCCGCCACAUGUUUAGCAAUCUAUAGGCUGCUUCCAAAGUUGGCCAAAUUCUUCAUCAUGUCUCUGGUGUUCAACGAAACUGAUGCAUCGCUUCGAGACCUAGACAGGUGGGUUAAGAGUGGCGGAAAGUAUCAGUUCAACGAAGCAAUCAAGUCGAUGAAGUCUCUACAUUUGCUAAUAGAAGGGAACUCUGGCCAACCCUUCAUGAUCAACCUGAACCCAAUAUUUAGGAGCAGCUUCAGAAACGCCUUAACCGGUGGGGAAGUCAACAAUUCAUUUGGAAAUGUUGUCGAGGAUGAAAACGAGACUGUUCAUACUAGUAUACUUGAUCAGUAUGCUGCAAAUAAAUGGGAAACAAUAUUGCACUUUAUGGUGGGUACGCCACUAACGCAGACGCCUUCCAGAAACGUUCUUUCUUUGCUGCAACACAGUAAACUCAUGGAGGAAAGCAGCUCUGGAGAACUUCAAAUUACCAAUGAAGGCUUUCAGUUUUUGCUGCAGGAUGCUAACGCCCAAAUUUGGGCUUUGCUACUUCAAUACCUAAGGCUGGCAGAAACUUUACAAAUGGACCCCGUAGAUGUGCUAAACUUUAUUUUUAUGCUUGGCGCCCUUGAGUUGGGAAAGGCAUAUAGCGAUACAAACUUGAGUGAUACCCAAAAAAUCAUGCUCCAAGACAUGCGCGACUACGGCCUUGUUUUCCAAAAAGCCUCUAAUACACACAAAUUUUAUCCCACAAGACUGACAGCUAUGCUGACAUCAGACACGUCAAGUAUUCGUAGCGCUUCGGGUGCAAUGAACAGCGUCUUGAGUCAGGGCACCAGCAGCUCUAAGGAAGAAGCUGCCGCUGUCGCAGAAACUGACGAAGAAACUGCUCAAGUUGGAGGAACUACUCAGAACAUCCCCGAUGGGGCUGUCAUUUUGGAGACGAACUUCAAGCUCUAUUCUUAUUCAAACUCGCCGCUUCAAAUUGCUGUUCUGAGCCUCUUUGUACAUUUGAAGUCCAGGUUCAGCAACAUGGUUACGGGCCAGAUUACAAGAGAGUCUAUUAGACGAGCACUGCACAACGGUAUAACGGCUGACCAGAUCAUAGCUUAUAUGGAAACUCACGCUCAUCCACAGAUGAGGAGACUGGCGGAGCAGACACUUGACAAAAAAAUGGAACUCGAUCCAAAUUGUAAUGAAGGGUUGCAGAUCUUGCCCCCGACGGUAGUGGACCAAAUAAAAUUAUGGCAGCUGGAGCUUGAUAGAAUUAUCAGCUACGAUGGUUACCUUUUCACUGACUUCGAGAAUUUCCAAGAGUAUAAUAUGCUGAGCAGUUAUGCAAAAGAUAUUGGCGUCCUUCUGUGGAGUGAUGAUAAAAAGAAGAGAUUUUUUGUAUCUCAAGAAGGAAACUCUCAAGUCAUAGACUAUGCAAAGCGUAAAUUAAAGAAGAAAUAG